UUCGAAUAGAAGAAGUAUAAUUUACACUCAUGGUCAUAAAUCAUAGAUACAUCAACUUACAAAUGACAAUAAAUUCGAUAAGACCGUAGAAUUUUUGUUCGAAACGAAACCCCAAAAGGGGAGUGUAAUAGUGGUCUCUCUUUAAUCACACAUCCCUGUUUUCUCUCUCCUCAUCUAUUUAUGCUUCUCACCAUCAUCUAUGUCAGUCUCACAUUCAUGAAUCAUAAACCUUUAAUCCUUUCGCGCAUGAUUUUCUCCCCAAUUUCUCACCCAUUUUUCUGGGUACUUUUCGAUUUGGACUGGGAUAAGUAAUUCUGUUUAACCCAACUCAUACAAUUUCAUAAUUAUAGUAUUAAUUAAUCAUGGCGGUAAAGAAAGCAGCGGAGAAUUUCUCAAAGAGUUUAAUAGAUGAGAUUCAUAAAUGGGGUUCAAUGAAACAAACAGGUGUAACUCUUAGGUAUAUGAUGGAAUUUGGGUCUAAACCAACUGACCGUAAUUUGUUGAUUUCAGCUCAGUUUCUUCAUAAAGAACUUCCCAUUCGUAUUGCUCGUCGUGCUAUUGAACUUGAGUCUCUUCCUUAUGGUUUAUCGCUUAAACCUGCUGUUUUGAAGGUGCAUGAUUGGUAUGUGGAUUCUUUCCGUGAUCUCAGAUUAUUCCCUGAUAUCAAAAAUAAAAACAAUGAAUUAGAGUUCACUCAAAUGAUUAAGAUGAUUAAGGUCAGACAUAACAAUGUUGUCCCAAUGAUGGCCAUGGGGGUCCAACAGUUGAAAAAAGGCAUGGAUCCCAAGAUUGUAGAUGAAGACUUGGUUGAAAUCCAUCAGUUCCUUGAUCGUUUUUAUAUGUCAAGAAUAGGGAUCCGCAUGCUCAUAGGGCAGCAUGUGGCCUUGCAUGAUCCAAAUCCUCCUCCUGAUCGUAUCGGGUACAUACAUACAAAAAUGUCUCCUGUAGAGGUUGCUCGAGAUGCUUGUGAGGAUGCUCGUGCAGUUUGCAUGCGCCAUUAUGGCAGUGCACCUGAAAUUGAUAUCUAUGGAGAUCCUAACUUUACCUUUCCGUAUGUACCUUCACAUUUACAGCUUAUGGUUUUUGAGUUGGUGAAAAAUUCCUUGCGUGCUGUUCAAGAGCGAUUUAUGGACUCUGACAAAAUUGCACCACCAAUUCGAAUUAUAGUAGCUGAUGGAAUUGAGGAUGUCACAAUUAAGGUUUCAGAUGAAGGGGGUGGAAUUCCACGAAGUGGUCUCCCUAGGAUUUUCACUUACCUUUACAGUACUGCUGCAAAUCCGUUGGAUGAACACUCUGAUCUUGGAACUGGUGAAUAUGUAACUAUGGCUGGAUAUGGUUAUGGACUUCCCAUUUGUCGUUUAUAUGCUCGUUAUUUUGGAGGUGAUCUUCAAAUCAUUUCUAUGGAAGGAUAUGGUACGGAUGCCUAUCUGCAUUUGUCUCGACUGGGUGGCUCGCAAGAACCACUGCCGUAAUAGCAUUGCAGAUUACCUGUUUAUUUAAAUGUAUUUAAAUUUCUAAUUGUUUCGUCAAGAUAGUGAUUACGAAAAAGAAGAAUGUAUUAUUAUGACUCUUUCAGGUUUAUAUACUUAUUAUUUGCCGCAA